AUGGAGCUGGGGCGGGCGGGCCUGGCCUGGGCCGCCGCCCUGCUGCUGGCGGCGCUGGGAGCGCAGGCCGCGGCGGGGGAUUUCGACCCGUACCGCGUCCUGGGGGUCGGCCGGAGCUCCAGCCAGGCCGAUAUCAAGAAGGCUUACAAGCGGCUCGCCCGGGAAUGGCACCCUGACAAAAACAAGGACCCGGGAGCAGAAGACAAAUUCAUCCAGAUCAGCAAGGCCUACGAGAUUCUCUCCAACGAGGAAAAGAGGGCAAACUUUGAUCGCUACGGAGAUGCCGGGGAAAGCCAGGGCUACUCUCAGCACCAGCAUCGCCAAUUCCACCACUUCCACGAAGGCUUCUAUUUUGACGAGUCCUUCUUCCAUUUCCCCUUCAAUUCGGAGAGGCGCGACACCUCCGACGAGAAGUAUUUGCUCCAUUUUUCCCACUACAUCAAUGAAAUCGUGCCAGAUAGUUUCAAGAAACCUUACCUCAUUAAAAUAACCUCGGACUGGUGUUUCAGCUGCAUCCACAUCGAGCCUGUGUGGAAAGAAGUCGCUCAGGAAUUGGAGGUGCUGGGAGUGGGAAUCGGAGUCGUUCACGCUGGGUACGAAAGGCGCCUCGCCCAUCACCUAGGUGCACACAGCACACCGUCCAUACUAGGGCUCAUUAACGGGAAAAUAACCUUCUUCCACAACGCUGUCAUUCGAGAAAACCUGCGGCAAUUCGUGGAGAAUCUUCUGCCGGGGAAUCUCGUAGAAAAGAUUACAGAUAAAAACUACAUCCGCUUUCUCUCCAACUGGAAGAAAGAAAACAAGCCCCACGUCCUUCUAUUUGAUCAUAUGCCAGUUGUGCCAUUAUUAUACAAGCUGACUGCCUUUGCUUACCGAGAUUACUUGUCCUUUGGUUAUGUGUAUGUCGGACUCCGAGGCACCGAAGAGUUGUCCAGUCAGUACAACAUCAACGUCUACACUCCCACCAUGAUGAUCUUCAAGGAGCACAUCGACAGGCCCGCUGAUGUUGUGCAGGCACGAGAUAUGAAGAAGCAGCUCAUUGACGACUUCCUUUCCCAGAAUAAGUUCCUCAUGGUGGCCAGACUCACCAACCAGAGGCUGUUCCAGGAGCUGUGUCCUGUGAAGAAGUCUCACCGUCAGCGAAAGUACUGUGUGGUCUUACUUACCGGAGAAGGCGAUAAGUUUGCUGAGGCUUACGAGGCAUUUUUGACUUUUGCUGUGGCCAACACAAAAGACACACUGAAGUUUGUGCACAUCUAUAAUGACCGGCAGCCAGAAUUUGCGGACGCCUUGCUGAUGGAUCGCGGAAAAUCAGCUGUGGUCAUUUUGGAGAGACGCAAUAACGCAGGGAAGAUCGCCUAUAAAACCUUGGAGGAGGCCUGGCAAGGCAGCAAGGAGGACAACUUCAUCCUCCUGGAUCUCCUGGACCAGCUGAGGACAGACCCCGGCCUUCUCUCUUCAGAGACUGUCCUGGCAGACUUGAAUGACGAACUGGCUCCGAUGUUCCUUAUCCGAUGGCUCUACUCCAUGCUGGAUUAUAUCUCGGACUGCUGGGACAGUUUGUUUCACAGUAACUGGCGAGAAAUGAUGCCACUGCUGUCCUUGCUCUUCUCUGCGCUCUUCAUUCUCUUUGGCACCGUUAUUGUUCAGGCUUUCAGUGAUUCGAGUGAUACAAGGGACUCUCCUCCCUCUGAGAAAGAAGAAACUGCCACAAAGACCGAGAAGAACGACGCGAGCUUCAGCAAAGAGAGUAACAGCAGGAUUCCCAAAAAGGGCUUCGUCGAGGUGACUGAGCUAACAGACAUCAACUACAACAGCAACUUGGUACGCCUGAGGCCGGGUCACAUGAACGUGGUCUUGAUCCUGUCCAACUCAACCAAAACCAUCCUCCUCCAGAAGUUUGCCCUGGAAGUCUACACGUUCACAGGGAGCAGCUCUCUUCAUUUCUCCUUUCUCAGCCUGGACAAGCAUCGAGAAUGGCUGGAGUACCUGUUAGAGUUCGCACAGGAUGCAGCCCCCAUCCCAAACCAGUACGACAAGCAUUUCCUCGAGCGCGACUACACAGGCUACGUCCUGGCUCUGAACGGCCACAAGAAAUACUUCUGCCUCUUCAAGCCUCACAGAUCGGGGGAUGAGGGGGGAACCCUGGGAUCCUGCGAGGAUUACAAUUCCUCACUACACACGGAAGCCAGAGGGAAAUCCUCCUGCAGCCCAGGAUCUAGAUCCAUUAAAAACAAAUUACACAAAUUGUCCUUUUGGAUGGAACGCCUCCUUGAGGGUUCCUUACAGAGGUUCUAUAUCCCCUCGUGGCCUGCACUAGACUGAGGGAUUUUAAAGAGAUUCUAACGGACAAACUUUUUAUGAAGAUAACAAGGGACAGCUCUUUCCAGGAAUACACAAACAAGCGUGACGAAUGGACCUUAGGUUUUAGAUGAACUCUCCUAGGGCCGGCGACUAGAAAACAUCUCCCCGCGUCUGGAGCCCGGGAGCACAGCCAAGCGCACCGUAAUUCCCUCCACCGACUCCUUUGUGUGUUCAGAUGCCGUACUACCCAAGAGCCAAGAAGUCUGUUUUUCCCUUCUUGUCCUGCCGCAUCUGCUUCCUGAGUCGCCCCCCUUCCAUCUCUUGUUUUGCCUCGGUUGAAGAAAAACCCGUGACUUCUCUGCCACGGUGACUCGGUCUGGACUGAACGUGGCUGGUGACGCAGGUGGGGUCGUGGUUCUCUCUCCCCUUUCCCGUCUGCUUAGCCCAUGGUGCAUGGUGUAACACCGGCAAGACCCUACAGACCUUCCCAGGCCCUGCCCUUCUGAAAGGCCUCCUUCCACCAGGCAGUCGUACUUUAUCGGCUUUCCCCGUGGUACGUGAUAUAGAGUACAGUCGGGAUCAUCUCCCUCGUAGCAAACUGGUAGCUGGGACUCACCUGUGGUGCGGGCUCGUAGGCGAUCUGCAUGUUUCAUGCUCCUUGUGUCAUAGUUCCACGUGCAGCUUCACCGGCUAAACCAUAACCGGGGAGGUAAGGGGUUUUGCACGGCCGUAAAUACUGUAAAGGUGUUGAGCCAUUUAAAUGUCACAUUGAUUUUUCAAAUGCCUUUCUGCUUCUGUCGAUUUUAGACGAUGUAUCCUAGAGCCAUAACUUUAACUGUGUCCUCAGAUUGUAGGCGUGAGCUGCUAUGAGCCAGUAGAUGUGUAAAAGAAACUCUACCUAGCUGCUAGGGAGUCGGUCCAGGCUCCUUUCAAACACCCUUACAUCUGUAGUACAAACCAACCUUUCUUUGUAUCAAGGAACCUAAUUCUUCGAUGAUUGUAUUCUUGAAAUGUUGCCCCAGAAGUGCUGUAUCAUCAGACCAUCGCUUACGUGUGAAACUCCUUUUGGUUUAGACGUGGGUUUAAGAUGCUCAGUUUCAGCCUCUCACCUGUUUCCCUCUUGCCACAAACCUUUGUUUCUCAACAUGCAGGCUGCUGCCUUGGUUUUUUGUUUGUUUGCGUUGGGAUUUUUUUGUCUUUUUGAACUCAUAGGUCUGUGUGAAGCUAGAGGAGUCGUAAAGCGCAGGGUUUGGUUUAUGCUUUGCUCUAGCAGUGCUCCAACAGCCACUUUCAGCACCACAGGGGGAACGGGUGGCCCUUUGUAAGGUGGAGGGAAGGCAAGCAGCAGCCUCACAGCUGCUUUCUGCUCCUCAAGCGAUAAAGCAAAGCAGCAGGGAUUCUCUUCGCGGCCGGCACUGAAAUCCUGUGGGGUUUGUGCUUCCUUUUCACUGCUCUGAGGCAGACACCACUCCCGCAGUACCAAGUCGCUGUUAGGCUACAGCACUGCCAAAGCACGGGGGUCCGAGCGGGGCGGCAUUUGCCGUAGGGCACUGAACCUGACGGCAGAGCACUUGGUUGAGCACAUGGUGUAAUUAAAAGCUCACUCGGCCCUUGCCACCUCAGUUACCAUCUUAGCGGAGCAGCCAGUUGUUAGUAGAAAUAACUAUGCCAAUCUGAGCUAGCUGUGAUCCCCUACGAAAUCCAGGAAUGCUCAAGUCAUUUUACUGCCUACAUGACCUAGUUGCUCACAAACCCUUGGCUUGCUGCAUUCCUCCCCACCCUGGGAGCGGAUUUGGUGUGCUUUGACCACCACAGGUAUCUCAAACACCGUGUAUAAUGUACUUCCAAAUAAAGGCUAUGAUGCUACCAACUGACCCUACGUGAGGUUACUUAAUUUUAGCUCAGCGGACUCAGCUUGUGCUGCUGCAUGAGUGAGGCACUAGAGUAGAGGGAAGGAAGGAAGGCGAGGUCUUCUCACUGCCAAAGAGCUCCAAGGCGCACACGUACCGCUGAAAUAGAGCGGGAGGGGGAACGAAACGCUGGCCUGAUGCUGCUAGGCUUCAUUUUCAUUUGGCUGGCGCAAUCGCCAUAGCACUCGUGUUUUUCCCGCAGCUUGUCGUGCAGGACGUGGCUAGAAUAAGGUUGUAGUGCAGCGGAAGGCUCCGCAUAACUUUUUAAACAUUUGCAAAAGCAAAAAAAAGAAUAGUCUCUGGGUCUCUGCUGUCUCUUCAGCUAGUCGGAAACCCUUGACACAUUAAAAAACGUGCCUAGUUGUGCUACAGCAAGGGAAUUCAGCCCUGCCCCAAGUAAGGCCUUAUGGCCUUCAAAAUACAGUCCAUGUGCUGCACACCUGCUGGAAUCCUUUUUUUAAUUUUCUUUCUAGCACAGGUAACCUCCCCUUUUAAACUGACUUCUGUUUAAGGAGUGCUUGCCGUGGACCACCCUUGCCGGCUGUGACUGGAUGGGAAAACGGCUCCUGUCUACCGGUAACUGUCCUCCGCUGCUUUUAAUCAGGUCAGACUAAUGGCUUGUGCUGCUGUUUUAUGGAAAAACUUCUUUCAUGGGCUGAAGCAAAUGCCAAACUAUUCUAAACCCCUCGUUUAGUUAGCUUUGAUGUCCAUUGCGGAGCACUGGGUGCUUGCUUUCUUGUAGAAGAGCACGGUCAGAGGCUGCUUACACCCAAGAUCCGUCCGCCCUCUCCCAGCAGUCGCGAGCCGUCACCCCCCGAUCAUUUUCUAACCUGCCGCCUCCAGUGGCACUCGACCUAUAUCAUAACCAUAUCAUCAGCGAAACGCACUUGCGAUUCUGUUAUGCACGUGGCAGUUGGUAAUCCAAAGAUUGAGGCAAUUCAGUCCUAGUGCACUAUUCUAGUGAAAUCGGAGCAAUCGCAUACCGCUCAGAAGCUGAAGCAAAGGGAUACAGGCCCCCAGUCUAAAGGUUGUACCAAAACUCCUCCCUGGACCGAGCGUGGUGGGCAGCAGCCACCCGCGGCUGCCUGCCUCCGCUCUGCCGUUCACCGAAAGCCUGCCAGGAACUAGUCCACUAACGCAGCCUGAGAAGUAGGACUGAAAACUAGGUACAUAUUUUGCACUUUUGAUACUGGGAGGGGGGGGGAAUUAACUUAUUUGGCAAACUUGUCUUUUUUAUUUUUGGGUUUUUUUGUAUUUGUGAACAGGCACUGAUGUCAUUUUGUUUUAAGACAAUUACAGAUUCGC